AUGGGGGUCGAUUAUUACAAUAUUCUCAAGGUUUCGAGGAAUGCGGCUGAAGAGGAUUUGAAGAAAUCGUACAGGAAAUUGGCGAUGAAAUGGCAUCCGGAUAAGAAUGCGGUCAACACUGAGGCAGCGGAGGCCAAAUUCAAGCAGAUUAGCGAGGCGUACGAUGUGCUGAGCGAUCCACAGAAGCGGCAGAUCUACGAUGUCUACGGUGAGGAAGGCCUCAAAUCCAGUGUCCACCCGCCGCCGCCGAGUAGUGGCGACAGAGGGGGGAGGGGGUUUGAGUUCAGCCCUAGGGAUGAGGAGGAAAUUUUUGAAUUUUUUUGGGGGUCCGAUGCUGAAAAAGGGAAGAGCGGCGGCGGAAGGGUUAAGAAAGCUGCGGCGAUGGAGAGUAAGCUGCCGUGCACCUUGGAGGAGCUGUAUAAGGGCUCGAGAAGGAAGAUGCAGAUAGCAAGAGUCGUGCUUGAUGAGUCUGGUAAACCUGUGACUGUUGAAGAGGUUUUGGCUAUAAACAUCAAGCCUGGUUGGAAGAAGGGUACAAAGAUCACUUUUCCUGAGAAAGGGAACCACGAAGCUGGUGCCACCCCCGGUGACCUCAUCUUUGUCAUAGAUGAGAAGCCACAUCCAGUUUUCAAGAGAAACGGAAAUGAUCUAAUCAUCAAUCAUAAGAUCUCCUUAGUAGAUGCUCUCACAUGCAAGACUCUCAACAUAAAAACCUUGGAUGGAAGGGAUCUACCUCUCAAAGUAUCGAAUGUCAUCAAACCGGGACAUGAAAUGUUGAUUGAAAACGAAGGGAUGCCAAUAUCCAAAGAACCUAGCAAGAAUGGCAAGCUGAGGAUAAAAUUUGAUAUCAAAUUCCCUUCAAGGCUCACUGCAGAACAGAAAUCGGAUUUGAGAAGGAUUUUGGGCAAGGCGAACGCGUAAGUUUAGUAAUAUAACUCUAGUUACACUUAACCUAUCGAGACUAGAUAAUCUACUGUGCAUAGUAGGAGAAAUAUCCACUUCAGUUUCUUAUUUAUCUUCGAUAUUUUGAAGUAGUUACCAGUUACAUAUUAGCACAGCUAUCUCUGCUGUAAAAAACUAUCUGCAAUGAGAAAUCUGUAUCAUAUAAUAAUUCCUCUUAAAUGGAAAGCUCUUUCUUCAUA